UAAAAAUAAAGAAAAGAAAAACGCAGGUCUUCCUUCUUCCUUCUUCCUCUCUCGCAGUUCAUCCUCUUCUUUCCUAAAGCCCUAAACCAGCAGCUCACCACCCACCGGUUUUCCUUCUCUGCUGCAGCUCAUCAUCCUCUUCCUUCCUCUCUAAUCUUAUACGAUUCGUGAGACUGGUAGAAUUGCCGUCGCCGAAGCCAGCUUCGCCACUCUUCCUCUCGCUCUUGCUGCUUCUGCCAGUGUGCCGAUUGUAUAGGAUGGGUCGAAAAGCUGGUUCUCUUUAUAUUAACUCGAAGAAAUUUGGUUCUCUUCAUAAACCGUGCAUGAAGGAAAUGGUAACAUUUCUCAAUUGCUUGGCUCUGAACCAGAACAAUGAUGAUAAGUGUGUACGGACUAAGGAUCUAUUGAAUGCUUGCAUGGAUGCUCAGACCAACAAAAACAGAAAGCCAUGGGGAAGCAUUAAUUAUCACCUGCAGAGGCUUACCAGGGGAAGGAAGUAAUUUAGGUUACAAUGUAGGAAACCAUAUUUAAACUUGAGUAAUGCUUCUCUGAGGUGGUUGUUUUCAAAAGGGCUUAGCAAUGAAUAUUUACAUGUCAAAUUCCAUUUCGUGAAGAGAUGAAAAAUUUGAUAAUUUUGGAACAAAUAUGUUGCAGUUUAGUUUACCAAAUCUUGCCAGGGAUAUAAGAAUAAUAUGUUGACUCAGAGUCUAUCUUCUCUUGAUAGAAUUUAGGCCUACAGGAUAUCUUUCAAUGUGUUACUUCUAAUGUUUAGAUAUCUUGCGUGUGCCUCGUUUUAAUUUGAUUUUAUCUUCUCUCUUUGUAAAAUACAGAAGAGAAAAAGGCCACUAAGAUUUUUACAUUUCUUUCUCUUUCUAUUGCUACUGUAUCUAGCAUAAUCUUACUCUUCACUUCUUAUUUUA